AUGCAAGAUGAUUUGUUGUUUCCCAUGCUCACCGUCGAAGAAACGCUGAUGUUCUCCGCUGAGUUCCGGCUUCCUCGGACACUAUCAAAGUCGAAAAAGAAAGCAAGAGUUCAAGCACUGAUCGAUCAGUUAGGUCUCAGAAAUGCUGCCAAAACGAUCAUCGGAGAUGAAGGUCAUAGAGGGGUUUCCGGUGGGGAACGCCGCCGUGUUUCCAUCGGAACCGACAUCAUCCAUGACCCCAUCGUGCUGUUUCUUGACGAACCUACAUCUGGGCUCGACUCCACUAGUGCUUACAUGGUGGUAAAAGUCUUGCAACGUAUAGCUCAAAGCGGAAGCAUAGUGAUCAUGUCGAUACACCAACCGAGUUACAGACUCAUGGGUUUGCUCGACAAAUUGAUAUUUCUUUCAAGGGGACAAAUGGUUUUCAGUGAUACCCCAUCAAAACUACCAGAUUUCUUCGCGCAAUUUGGAAACCCAAUCCCAGAAAACGAUGAUCGAACUGAAUUUACACUCGACUUCAUCAGAGAGCUCGAGAUGUCGGAUUCAGGAACUAAACAGCUAGUUGAUUUCAACAAGUCAUGGCAAAGAAACAAAAGCCAAGAUACGAGAUCAGUCGCAGAAGCCAAACUGUCACUAAAAGACGCCAUAAGUGCAAGCAUUUCAAGAGGCAAGUUAGUCUCAGGCGCUACGAACAUUGAUUCGAAUCUAUCCUCGUCAGUUCCAACAUUUGCAAACUCUUUUUGGGUGGAAGUUCUUGUGAUAGCAAAACGUUCGAUGCUCAAUUCAUGGCGAUCACCUGAACUUUACGCGAUCCGUCUAGGCGCUAUCAUUGUUACCGGAACUAUUCUAGCAACCAUGUUUCGGAAACUGGACAAUUCGCCACGUGGAAUCCAAGAACGAAUAGGGUUUUUCGCGUUUGCCAUGUCCACAAUGUUCUACACUUGUGCCGAAGCCAUUCCUGUGUUCCUUCAAGAACGAUACAUUUUCAUGAGAGAAACUGCGUACAACGCUUACAGACGUUCAUCAUACGUUGUGUCUCACUCGAUUAUGGCCAUUCCUUCCUUAAUCUUCCUCUCAUUCGUAUUUGCAUGCAUAACCUUUUGGGCUGUAGGGUUAGCAGGUGGGACUAUGGGGUUUUUCACUUUCCUCCUCUUCAUAUUUGCCUCAUUUUGGGUCGGAAGCUCUUUCGUCACCUUCCUCUCCGGCGUGGUGACUCACGUGAUGCUUGGAUACACCGUUGUGGUUGCAGUUCUGGCGUAUUUCCUUCUCUUCAGUGGUUUCUUCAUCAGUCGUGAUCGAAUCCCGGCGUAUUGGUUAUGGUUCCAUUAUCUUUCACUGGUUAAGUACCCUUAUCAGGGUGUUUUGCAGAACGAGUUUGAUGAUCCUAUGGAAUGCUUCGUGAGGGGAACUCAAAUCUUUGAUAAUUCGCCAUUAGGUGCGAUUCCAGACGCCAUGAAACUGAAGCUUUUGAAGAGCAUGAGCCAGGCACUUGGUGUGCCGCUUACGAGCUCGACUUGCUUGACAACUGGUGCAGAUAUAUUGAAGCGACAAGGGGUUACUGAUAUUAGCAAAUGGGGUUGCUUUUGGAUCACCAUAGCGUUGGGUUUCUUGUUUAGAAUCUUGUUUUAUUUUGCUUUGUUGGUGGGAAGUAAGAACAAAAGGAGGUAA